AUCAUGCCGCUCAUCCUUGACUCGCCUCCACCCUCUCCCACCGUAAUCGACGCCUUGGAGUCGCGCCGCCGAGUGCACCAUGAAGCAGAUGUGGUCAUCAUUGGUGCCGGCAUUCUGGGAUGCGCACUCGCCGUCGCCUUCUCCGAUCAGGGUCGGAGCGUCGUCUUGCUCGAGAAAUCUCUCAAACAGCCCGAUCGCAUUGUAGGAGAACUGCUGCAGCCUGGCGGAGUCGCCGCCUUGGAAGAGCUUGGAUUGGCCGACUGUCUCGAGGACAUUGACGCUAUUAAGGUGUUCGGCUACGAUGUUAUAUACCAUGGCGAUGAGGUCGCCAUCCCAUAUCCCGAGAAUGCUGCUUCUACUACAACCAAUCCGGACGCAAAAGAGAAAAAGUCGAGACCCGAAGGGCGUUCAUUCCACCACGGCCGUUUCAUCCAGAAACUUCGAGAGCGUGCUCUCAAGUGCGCCAACGUCACGGUCAUUNNGGAAACCACGGCCACGGACUUGGUGCGAAGUGGAUACAGCGGACAAGUUCUGGGAGUCGAAUGCUCUACUAAAGACCGCAAGGACUACUACUUCGCCCAUCUGACUGUUGUCGCCGACGGCUAUGCUAGCAAGUUUCGCAAAGAGAUGAACACUCGGGCUCCCGUGGUCAAGUCCAAGUUCUGGGGGCUCGAGUUGAUCGAUGCUGACCUACCAAUGCCUAAUCACGGUCACGUUCUGAUCAGUGACAGUCCUCCAGUUCUGCUCUACCAGAUUGGUACACGUGAGACGCGUGCUCUCGUGGAUGUUCCUGAGAACCUUCCGUCUGCAUCUGUCAAGAAUGGCGACCCUCAACUCAGAGCGCUACAGCAAGGAUGUUUCCGUUACUUUCAGAGAGGAGGACAGUGUAUCGAUGGACCUGUCGGACUACUAGCUGGCAUCAUCCGGCAGCCCAUGGUUCUCUUNUACCACUUCUUUGCUGUUGCUUUCCUCUCGAUCUGGGUUUACAUCACGUCGGGCAAUGCUCUACUGAUGCCGUUCCGAGCAGUUGCGAGUAUCGGAGUGCUGUACAAGGCUUGCGUUGUGCUGUUCCCAUACAUCUUCAGCGAGCUGAGGAGCUGA